AUGUGGCGACAGCUGGGAACCGGUUGGCGCCGAACCGCCCUCAUCAAUACCUUGGCCGUCUUCACAUUCACCCUGAUCGGCAUCAUUCUGCUGAUAUGCACUGUAUCAAAAUCCGGCGGCCUAGGCAUCAAUUACAUCGUGUUCCAGGGCACUUGUGCGAAAAGCAGGUCAAUUAACACUUGGCUACAUCUCUUCCUCAACGCUUACUCCACAGCCAUCCUAGCCUCGUCCAAUUUCUUCAUGCAAGUGUUGACGUCGCCCACGAGGAGCGAGGUGGACAGGGCGCACAGCGAUAAUGUGUCUUUGAAGAUUGGCGUGCAGUCAAUGAGAAAUCUAUAUCGAGCUCCCAAGAUCAGAUUUGUCUGCUGGGCGCUGUUCUUCGUUACCUCUUUCCCGCUUCAUCUCUUCCUCAACAGUGCCAUCUUUCCGACUGAAUACAUGAGCUCCAACUGGAACCUGACAAUCGCCUCAGAAGGGUUCGUCAAUGGGGCUCAGUAUUAUUCUCCAGGAGUAGCUGUAUGGCCACCUACAAGCAGUCAAAGCCAAUCUUUACUGAGUGUCGAGGGAUAUGGACAGAAUCUAUCCCUGGCAGACCACUUCGACCCCAACAGCGAUAUUUCCAAGAGAAUCGAAUUCACGGCCAACAAUGCUCGAGAUUGGAAAAGGCUAGAAGUCCCGGAUUGUCUUUCGCAGUAUCAGUAUUGCAACGGGCGUGUCAACUUUCGCGACCUUGUCAUGAUUGUCAAGUCGAAAGACACCUCUCUCAUGGCAUCAGGCAACUCUACUUUAGGCUGGAAACAGAGCGAUAUCUUCCAGCUGACCAGAUCAUCCGACAAAUCUAAAAGUCAAAGAUACGAGAACUUUACUCUCGAUGACGCCAACUCCCUCUGGUUCACCACAAGUUGCAAUACACAGUCGCUGGCCGAGACAUCUCGAAACCGAUCAACAGAUGCCAUAACCCUCGACUUGGAGUACUGUUUGGUACAGGAAUUCUCGCCCACCUGCAAAGUUUGCGUAUCGAAUGGUCUUCUCUUGAUCGUCGUCAUAUCAGUUUCUCUGAAAGCCGCUCUCUGCGUUAUGGUGUUGCGCUAUCUCCCCAAAGAAGAUCCCUUUGUGGUCCCAGGGGAUGCCAUCGCAUCCUUCAUCCGAUACCCUGACAGAUUCACAACUGGAAGAUGUCUUUUGGAUAAAGAGGUUGAGGGUGCUCUUGAUGGCAGAAGCUACCCGUAUGUGGGUGCCCCCAUGUACUGGCAACCAGAGCGCCGGAGAUGGUCAAGAUCGAUCGAGGGCAUGGUCUGGCUAAGGACAUAUUCCCUUCUCAUUACCAACUUCAUGUUUCUCUUCGCCAUGUUCUUCCUCUCUCAGUCUGAGAACUCGCUCGGCAAACAGACUCUCACUCAGAAUGCGACAAACGGGGUCUUUGAAGUCUCCGGGGCGAGUGCUCGUCAGUUUAUCCCGGCCGUCCUCAAAGGCAACUUGCCGCAGCUCCUUCUUUCCAUAUUCUACUUUGACUAUAACUCAUUUUACACACGUCUGUGUGCGGAGAAGGAGUGGAGUUCGUACGGCACAGAUUAUCGCCCAUUGCGGGUGACUGAGCCACAAGGACUUCAGCAGUCGACCUACAGGCUGCAAUUACCAUAUCAAUACAGUAUUCCCUUAAUCUUAGCUAGCAUCUCUCUACACUGGUUGGUGUCAAAAUCUCUAUACGUUUUUGUUUUUGAAGGCGGUAUGUUUCCCUUUCUUAUCCAUAGGCUAUUCGUGAUUCUCACCUUCUGCUCAGGAUACUUCGAACCUCCAACAAUUGACAAUAACUCGACACUACGGACAGGACUUAGUGAUGAUGCUUUUGUUGGGAUUGGAUGGUCGGCUCCGGCAUUGCUUGCGCUCUUGGUCGCUGUUUCCAUCAUGACUGCCCUGCCCUUGAUCCUUACAUGGCCAACUAUCAAGAGCCCAAUGCCGCUUACCGGGAACAGCUCAUUGGUAUUGUCGGCGGCUUGUCACGUUCCUGUACCUGAGGAUUUUACUACAAGUGCAUCCGAUAGGUCAGUGUCGAGGCUCAAAGUUGGACAUAAGUCAGCAUCCCUGGAGACAGUCCACGAUUAUCUUUCUGACCCAGAAGCCGCUCAAAGGUUUAGUACAUCAACGAUUUCAGAGAUGCAGCACCUAAUAGCACCUUCAAGUGCAUCUCUAAAACCUCAAGACACAUGCGACUCCGAUAUCAAGUCUUGCACGCCAAGGGUUGAUGUCGCAGCUAUGGAGGAAUAUCUACUAGAUGUCUCACAAAACCAUCUCCGUUGGGGCGAAGCCAGGGCGCAGGAGUUUAGAAGUAAACGAGGCAUCAAUGUGAAGGAUACGAUAGGGCACUUGAGCUUUGUUACAAGACAGUAUGUUGUUCGUGGGCCAAUAAGGGGACGACUGUACACGUAG